AUUACCAUCGCGCCUGAGAAAACAGCAUUAAUCGUCGUCGACAUGCAGAAUUUCUUCCUGGAUUCGAAAUGCAUGGACCAUCCCAACGGCUUGAAAGCCGUGCAGCCUACUAUCGCUGUCAUCGAGAAAUGUCGGGAAGUUGGGAUAAAGGUAAUAUGGCUCAACUGGGGCCUCACAGACCAAGACAUGGAAACCCUCCCCGCAGGCGUAGCUCGCGGGUUCAUGAAAGAUAUUCUACUCCCCUCUUCUUCCUCGUCCUCGAAAAUCCGCUCCUACACGGGCCUGGGCUCUGAUCUCGGAGACGGGAAAGGGAAGUGUCUCUUCGCGGGCUCUUGGAACGCGGAUAUAUACCCACCGCUGAAAGAUAUGGUCAAGGAGGAAGAUCUCCAUUGUGCGAAGAAUAGGAUGAGUGGGAUGUGGUCGGAGGAGCAACCGUUGUAUAAGACGCUGAAGGGAAAGGGCGUGGAAAGUGUUUUGUUUGCGGGGGUUAAUACGGAUCAGUGUGUGGGGGGCACGCUGGUGGAUGCGUAUAAUAAGGGGUGGGAUUGUGUGCUGGUGGAUGAUUGUUGUGGGACGACGACGACGGGGGGUGGGAGGGAGGUUUUUUGUUAUAAUAUUGCUACAUCGUAUGGCUUUGUAACCGAUAGCAAGAGUUUCGUUGCCGCG